GGCAGACAUGCAGGCACACAGCAGCACCGACUGAACAACACAUGGAAAACACACAGAAAACAGGAAAAACAGCUCUGAAUUCUGUGAAACUGGACUUGAAUCACUACUGUAGACUUCUGGAGUUUAAAGAUGGAGGACUCCGGCCUGGUCCGAUGUGACAGUCUGGAUACGGGGUCGCUGUGUGACAGGGAGGUCACGACCCCCAUCGAUCACAUGACCUUCAGCUCUGAGGGCUCUGACCCCGCAUCGAACCUGGAGCCCUCCCCGGCUGAACUGGCCCAGUGUGAGGCUGAAGUGGGGACGCUGCUCAGCAUCAUCGCUGAACUCAACAAGAAGAUGGGUUCUCUGAAAGCACCGAGUGAACCAGGAGACAUGAGACCUCCAGGAUCAUCCAGGCCUCUCGUUCCAGACCUGUUGUCACACCGGCUGGUCAAAAACAGCCCAGAGAGGAGCCCCGUCUCUGGAGCUACAUCCAAACCUCCACUGACCGACCGAGGGGGCAGUGGCGUCGUCUGGACCAAACUCCAGGAUGUUCUCUCAGCAGUAGAAGACUCCAUCAGCUGUAGAAGGUCCUGGGCCGCCCCCAUCACCGCCUUGGAUCAGGACAAACAAAAAGAGCAUCUGAGAGCCGCCCAGGAGAGUUGGGUCAAGGCCACGCAGAUUUUGGACGAGAUGGAAAGAGAGUUUGGGAUCUGCUGCCCACCGGGUCAGCUGAAGGACCAGUUCCAGGCGGACGUCCUGGAUCUGGACAAACGGGACUAUGUGCAUCCCUUUCAGAGUCACCAGGUAGAGCUGGAGAGAACACAGAGCAUGAGCCAGACGGACGAGGACAAGGACAAGCUGGUGGGUCUCCAAAAGGCCUGGAGGUCAGGCAGGCGUUCCCCGUCCUACAGGCCUCCUGCUGGGGCUCUCAGUCCGGACUGGGCCACUCCUUCAUACCCGGGUUCUCCUUUAGUCCACAGAAGAGGGGCCAGAGGCAUUCCCCCUGUGUCUGUGGGUGGGGAUGGGUCUCCACUGGGCUCCGUUACCUCGGCCAGUCCAACAAGUCCCAUGAGCCUGGAAACAGAGACGGAGCGGCUGAACAGAUACAUCGAGAGGCUGAAGGCCAGAAAUGAACGUCUGACUGCAGCUCUGGAGCGAAGGAAGGGAGAGUCAGAGCAGAUCAAUAUGACAGUAACCAGACUGGAGGCGGACUGUUCUGCGCUGCAGACGGCUCUCAGAUACUGCGAGGAGUGUGAAGAGGCAUACAGUGAGCUGCUGUCACUUUAUGAGGCCAAGAAGCAGCAGCAAAGCAUUCCUCAGCAGACAGACUCAGCAGAAGCAGCUGGUGAAAGGCAGCAACCGGACAGCCCAGCAGCUCAGCUCAGCCAAAUGAACGCCGAAGAGCUGUCCACCUCCUUCUCAACAGCAGGGGUCACAGAGGAGAUGGAAACACACAGUCACACAGGGCAAAGGACGCCUGAGCCAGUGGAUCGAGAGGUUUUUCUCCGUCAGCAAAUAGAACGUCUGAAGAUGGACCGGGCAGCCAUUUGCCUCCCAAAACCAAACCCAGGAGGUCUGGAGAGUAAAUUGAUCCCUGACACUGGUAGUCCAGCUGGGUCAAGAGGUGGACACGAGACUAAAGACAACGUCAAACCUCCUGACAGCAAAAAAGAGAAGGCCUCCCUAUUCUAUGAACUCAUCUCUGUACGGGAGGAGAUGUCAGAUCUGCGAGCUUUAAUCCGCCUCAAAGAGAAAGAGCUGAGAUGUCUGGAGUGGAGUUUAAUGGCCCAGAAGGCCCAGGACGCAGCCGGCGUUUUCAUUCCUGAAAGUCUCCGAGAGGAACUGGAGGAUCGCAAGACUGAACAACAGAGACUAUCUGAGAUUGCAGCUAAACUGGGUAAUGACGGGGACGUUUCCAGCCCUCGGACCAGGCCCAUUCUGAAAGAGCUGCAGGUUGUUCUGCAGAGAGAACAAGCCCUGAAGAAAAGACUCGCUUUAGUCCAUGAUUCAUUGAACACGGCUCUGUCAGAUAACCAGAGAAGGGAUAAUGGAGAGCAGAUAGCACGGCUCACACAAGCUCACAGUAAGGCCUUGAGCUCAUACCGACAGAUUCGAAGGAAGUACCGUGAACAGGUGUGGAGGCUGGAGCAGAAAGUGGCGGCGAUGAUUGAGAGUCACCACAACCCGAGUGGAGCUGUGAAAGCAACAGGGGAGGGGGUGGAGUGGAGGAGGGAAGAGACUGUUUUAUAAUCGGCCAAUAUUUAUAUCAGACAAUUAGCCAUUUAUUAUGCAUAUCUGUGUAUAUUCACACUGAAAAUCCUCUACAGGGUGGGGAAGCAAAAUUUACAAUGAACAUUUAGUUGUUUUUUCUCAGCAGGCACUACGUCAAUUGUUUUGAAACCAAACAUAUUGAUGUCAUAAUCAUACCUAACACUA